UUAUUUUCCGAGCCAGUUCAUGGAGGAAGGCUCAUGGAAUGUGAACAUGUCCUUGAAAAGCCGCCCGAAUGGUUAUUCAAUGGCUGUACCUAAAGUCCUAUAUAAACAUGCGUCAUAAUGUUUCCUCAAUAUCUUCGUUGUUCGGAGCACAAAGAAAGCUGAACCAGCUUGCACAAAAAAAAUACAUGUCUUUCUUUCAUCUUUUUCAGAUAAAGAGUUGGAAAUCACUGGUUUGUUAGCCUCCGUAUUGAGAAAAGAUUUCCUGGGUUUUUGUGGGUUUUUUUGCAGUUGUUGCGAGACCAGUGUUUGGUUUUAGCUAUAAGGCUUUGGGAACUUAUACGUAUUCAAGUAGAUUCUGAAGAAAUAUUUCUGGGUUCUAGUGGGUUGUAGCUGUAAUCUUCACUCGGGUUCUAAUCAUGGACGGCGUUGAUCAUUACAAGGCCAGUGGUAGUUUGCGAGGCAGUUUACGAUUAGGCGGUUCGUCGGUGUGGAGGAACAAUGCUAUGGAAGUUUUCUCGAGGUCUUCACGAGAAGAGGAUGACGAAGAAGCUCUCAGGUGGGCUGCCCUUGAAAAGCUUCCCACUUUUGAUCGUCUAAGAAAAGGUAUACUAACUACGUCAAAAGGUGAAGCCAGUGAAAUCGAUAUACAUAAUCUUGGAUCUGAAGAAAGGAAGAAAUUGCUCGAGAGUUUGAUCAAAGUAACCGAAGAGGAUAAUGAGAAGUUUUUGUUGAAGAUCAGGGAUCGGAUUGAUAGAGUUGGAAUUGAUCUUCCAGCAAUUGAAGUCCGAUUUGAGCACCUAAACAUUGAAGCAGAAGUUCAUGUAGGAGGCAGAGCCUUGCCUUCCUUCUUUAACUUCAUUAUAGGCAUCCUAGAGGGGGGUUUGAGCGUUCUUCACAUUCUUCCGAAUAAAAAGAAGCAGUUAAAUAUCCUUAAAGAUGUUAGUGGAAUCAUCAAGCCUCGCAGGAUGACAUUACUAUUGGGUCCUCCAAGUUCUGGGAAGACAACACUCUUACUGGCUAUGGCUGGAAAGCUUGACCCGGCUCUAAAGUGUUCAGGGACGGUGACUUAUAAUGGCCACGGCAUGAAUGAAUUUGUACCCCAGAGAACUGCUGCCUAUAUCAGUCAAUAUGAUCUCCAUAUUGGGGAAAUGACUGUAAGGGAAACCUUGGCCUUCUCUGCCAGGUGCCAAGGGGUUGGAUCACGCUAUGAUAUGUUAGCAGAGUUGUCCAGAAGAGAAAAGGAGGCAAAUAUCAAGCCUGAUCCAAAUAUCGAUGUCUACAUGAAGGCAUCAACAACAGAAGGCCAGGAGGCGGACGUGGUGACAGAUUAUAUAUUAAAGGUUUUGGGUUUAGAAGUGUGUGCUGAUACCUUGGUGGGAGAUGAAAUGUUGAGGGGUAUCUCAGGUGGACAAAGAAAGCGUGUUACAACAGGGGAGAUGAUGGUUGGACCAGCAAAGGCACUGUUUAUGGAUGAAAUAUCUACUGGAUUGGACAGCUCGACAACUUUCCAGAUUGUGAAUUCGCUCAGGCAAUAUGUUCACAUUCUUGACGGAACGGCAGUAAUCUCUCUACUGCAGCCAGCUCCAGAGACUUACGAUCUUUUUGAUGACAUUAUUCUCCUCUCAGAUGGCUACGUUGUCUACCAGGGGCCCCGUGAACAUGUUCUUGAGUUUUUUGAAAGCAUGGGCUUUAAAUGUCCAGAUAGGAAAGGUGUGGCUGACUUCCUGCAAGAGGUGACAUCGAGGAAAGAUCAGGAGCAGUAUUGGGCACGCAAAGAUGAGCCUUACAGUUUUGUGGUGGUCCAGGAAUUUGCUGAGGCAUUCCAAUCAUUCCGUGAGGGAAGGAGAAUAGGAGAUGAACUUGCAGCUCCAUAUGAUAAGAGAAAAAGCCACCCAGCUGCUUUGACAACCAAGAAGUAUGGUGUUGGUAAGAAGGAGCUGUUUAAAGCUUCCUUCUCAAGAGAAUACUUGCUGAUGAAGAGGAAUUCGUUUGUUUACAUCUUCAAGCUUGUACAGGUAGAUUUAAACUUUAUUUUCCUGGUUCCUUUAAUUUUCUUUAAACAGGAUUUUGAUUAUUGUUCUUUUCUCUGCUUUCAGCUUGCAGUAAUGGCAGUGAUUGCAAUGACACUUUUCCUACGGACUGAGAUGCCUCGUGAAACAGUAACAGAUGGAACAGUUUACACGGGUGCUUUGUUCUAUACUGUGAUUAUGAUUAUGUUUAAUGGGAUGGCAGAGCUGUCUAUGACGAUUGUAAAGCUUCCUGUUUUUUACAAGCAAAGAGACCUCCUCUUCUAUCCUUCAUGGGUAUACGCUCUUCCUACCUGGGUCCUCAAAAUCCCGGUAGCGUUCUUUGAAGUUGGUGUUUGGGUAUUCAUGGCAUAUUAUGUGAUGGGUUUUGAUCCUAGCGUUGGAAGGUUGUUCAAGCAAUACCUUCUGCUAUUACUUAUAAACCAAAUGGCCUCUGGAUUAUUCCGAUUUAUUGCAGCACUGGGUAGGAAUAUGAUUGUUGCUAACACCUUCGGGACAUUUGCGCUGCUCUUGCUUUUUGCAUUGGGUGGUUUUAUCCUCUCCAGAGAUGAUAUAAAGAAAUGGUGGAUAUGGGGCUACUGGAUAUCGCCUUUGAUGUACGGGACAAAUGCAAUGGUGAUUAACGAGUUCCUGGGGAACAAUUGGAAACAACUUGGAAACACAACGGAACCCCUGGGAGUUAGAGUAUUGAAGUCGCGCAAUUUCUUUACCGAAGCACGUUGGUAUUGGAUAGGCAUAGGGGCAACAGUUGGAUUCAUCCUAGUUUUCAACAUCUUUUUCACAGUGGCUCUUGCUUUUCUUAACCCAUUUGGGAAGUCACAGACUGUAAAGUCAGAUGAACCAGAAAGCAAUGAACAAGGGCAGAAUACCGGAGAAGGCAUACAGUUAACACAAAGAGGAAACAACUCAAGUCAUCAGGGGUCCUCAUCUGUAAGAGCAGAAGCUGCUGUUGAGGGCAGUCAUAAUGGGAAAAGAGGAAUGGUUCUUCCUUUUGAUCAACAUUCAAUAACCUUUGAUGACGUAAUAUAUUCCGUUGACAUGCCACAGGAAAUGAAGAGCCAGGGUGUUGUUGAGGAUAAAUUGGUGCUUCUGAAGGGUGUGAGUGGUGCUUUCAGGCCAGGCGUUCUCACAGCUCUGAUGGGUGUUAGUGGUGCUGGUAAAACAACUCUGAUGGAUGUGCUGGCCGGUAGGAAAACUGGUGGAUAUAUUGAUGGGAACAUCACAAUUUCAGGGUACCCAAAGAAUCAAGAAACAUUUGCUCGAAUUUCAGGGUACUGUGAGCAAAAUGACAUUCAUUCUCCUCAUGUUACUGUGUAUGAGUCCUUGCUCUACUCAGCAUGGCUCCGCUUAUCCUCUGAAGUUGAUUCAGACACCAGAAAGAUGUUCAUCGAGGAAGUCAUGGAGCUUGUGGAGCUAAAGCCAUUGAGGCAUGCACUAGUUGGGUUGCCUGGUGUGAAUGGUCUCUCUACCGAGCAGCGCAAGAGGCUCACUAUUGCAGUUGAGCUUGUGGCAAACCCCUCCAUAAUAUUCAUGGAUGAGCCAACUUCGGGUCUAGAUGCAAGAGCUGCUGCUAUUGUUAUGAGAACAGUGAGGAACACAGUGGACACUGGAAGAACAGUUGUGUGUACCAUCCAUCAGCCAAGCAUUGACAUAUUUGAAGCUUUUGAUGAGCUUUUCCUAAUGAAGCGUGGAGGACAAGAGAUAUAUGUUGGGCCAUUGGGUCGCCACUCUUCCCAUCUUAUCAAGUAUUUCGAGAGUGUUGACGGAGUCAAAAAAAUUAAAGAUGGCUAUAAUCCAGCAACUUGGAUGUUGGAAGUUACAACUUCUGGGGAAGAGAUGGCUUUAGGUGUUGAUUUUACUACUGUGUAUAGGAACUCAGAUCUAUACAGGAGGAACAAAGCACUGAUUAAAGAGUUGAGCAAGCCUGCUCCUGGUUCAAACGACCUCUACUUCGCAACUCAAUAUUCACAGUCAUUUUUCACUCAAUGCAUGGCUUGCUUAUGGAAACUACGCUGGUCCUAUUGGCGCAACCCACCGUACACUGCCGUAAGAUUUGUCUUCACAGUUUUCAUAGCCCUGACAUUUGGGACAAUGUUCUGGGACCUUGGCUCCAAGUUCAACAAGCAACAAGAUGUGUUUAAUGCGAUGGGUUCCAUAUAUGCUGCUGUUCUCUUCCUGGGCAUCCAAAAUUCUUCAUCCGUGCAGCCUGUUGUGGCUGUUGAACGAACUGUCUUCUACAGAGAAAGAGCUGCUGGAAUGUAUUCAGCCUUGCCAUAUGCAUUUGCACAGGUCGCAAUUGAGAUCCCAUAUGUCUUUUGCCAAGCUGCUGUGUAUGGCAUCAUAGUUUAUUCUAUGAUUGGAUUUGAAUGGACCGCUGCCAAAUUCUUUUGGUAUCUAUUUUUCAUGUACUUCACAUUGCUCUACUUCACCUUUUACGGCAUGAUGAGUGUGGCUAUGACACCAAACCACCAUAUUGCCGCCAUAACAUCCUCUGCGUUUUAUGGAUUAUGGAACCUAUUUUCAGGAUUCAUGAUCCCAAGACCUAGGAUUCCUAUAUGGUGGAGAUGGUACUACUGGGCAUGUCCUGUUGCUUGGACCUUGUAUGGUUUGUUUGUUUCGCAAUUUGGAGAUAUAAAGGAUGUCAUUGAGGACACCGGUGACACAGUGGAAGGUUUUGUGAAAAACUACUUUGGAUUUGAACGUGAUUUUCUGGGAGUGGUGGCGGGUGUGGUUGUCGCCUGGACGGUGCUCUUUGCAUUUAUCUUCGCCUUUGCCAUCAAGGCGUUUAAUUUCCAAAGGCGAUAGAAAAUGGUUUUUAUUAUUUUGUUAGUUUGUUCUGGGGAUUAAUGCUAUAACAACUAGCAUGCCCAACUUCUUUUUUCUUUUUCACCUUCUACAUGUAUCAUAAGGCACUUUGACCGUAUGUAUUCACAUAAAGAGAAUUAUGGGUUUGUUCAUUUAUCACAAA